AUGCGUGAAGUCAUCUCGAUCCACGUCGGACAAGCCGGAGUUCAAAUCGGUAACGCCUGUUGGGAGCUGUACUGCCUCGAGCAUGGAAUUCAGCCCGAUGGAAAGAUGCCCUCUGAUCAGAAGUCAGACGACUCGUUUACCACAUUCUUCAGCGAGACCGGCAACGGACGUUACGUUCCUCGAGCAAUCAUGGUCGACUUGGAGCCAACUGUUGUCGACGAGAUUCGCUCUGGAACCUACAAGCAACUCUUCCACCCUGAGCAAAUGAUCACCGGCAAAGAGGAUGCUGCCAACAAUUAUGCUCGAGGACACUACACCAUUGGAAAAGAGAUCAUCGACCUCGUUAUGGAUCGCGUUCGCCGACUUGCCGACAACUGCACCGGGCUUCAAGGAUUCCUUAUCUUCCACUCAUUCGGAGGAGGUACUGGCUCGGGCUUCACUUCGUUGUUGAUGGAGCGCCUGUCCGUCGACUACGGCAAGAAGAGCAAAUUGGAGUUUUCUAUCUACCCGGCUCCCCAAGUGUCCACAGCCGUCGUCGAGCCCUACAAUUCGAUCCUCACCACCCACACCACAUUGGAACACUCGGACUGCGCCUUCAUGGUCGACAACGAAGCCAUCUACGACAUCUGUCGACGCAACUUGGAUGUUGAGCGCCCUAGCUACACCAACUUGAAUCGCAUUAUCUCACAGGUGGUCUCGUCCAUCACUGCUUCUCUCCGUUUUGAUGGUGCUCUCAACGUCGACCUUACCGAGUUCCAGACCAACUUGGUACCAUACCCUCGGAUUCAUUUCCCGUUGGCAACCUAUUCACCACUCAUCUCUGCUGAGAAGGCUUAUCAUGAAUCUCUCUCCGUGCAAGACAUCACAAAUAUGUGCUUCGAACCGGCCAAUCAAAUGGUGAAAUGCGAUCCUCGUCACGGAAAAUACAUGGCCGUCUGUUUGCUCUACAGAGGAGAUGUUGUGCCAAAAGACGUUAACGCCUCAAUCGCUUCGAUCAAGACCAAGAGGACGAUCCAAUUUGUCGACUGGUGCCCAACUGGAUUCAAGGUCGGCAUCAACUACCAGCCACCAACCGUCGUUCCUGGAGGUGACAUCGCAAAGGUGCCGCGAGCCGUGUGCAUGCUCUCCAAUACGACUGCCAUCGCUGAAGCUUGGGCCCGUUUGGAUCACAAAUUCGACUUGAUGUACGCUAAACGUGCCUUCGUUCAUUGGUAUGUCGGUGAGGGUAUGGAGGAAGGCGAGUUCAGCGAGGCUCGAGAAGAUUUGGCUGCUCUCGAGAAGGACUACGAAGAAGUGGCUGUCGAUUCAAAUGAGGGCGGUGAAGGACAAGACGAGUAC